AUGUUCCCUAAGCCACAAGACAAGAGUAGUAAACCGCUAGAAGAUCAGUGGGAACAUUGGUUGAACGGAUUCGAACCUAGCUCGGUAGUGUUUUGUGCGUUUGGCACCCAUUGCUUUCUCGAAAAAGAUCAAUUUCGAGAACUCUGUUUAGGAAUGGAGCUAUCAGGAUUACCGUUUCUAAUAGCGGUUAUGCCUCCGAGAGGCUCGUCAACGGUUCAAGAAGCGUUACCAGAAGGGUUCGAAGAGCGGGUUAAAGGGCGUGGAAUCGUUACAGGAGAAUGA